AUGAGUACUGGCCGAGACGUAAAGACCAAUAACCACCCCACGGUGAGGUCCCGUCUUCUGUCUCAGUCGUCAGACACUGCGCCAGCGACCUCGCUCCACCUAGGGAGUGAUGAUGGACUAUUGUCAUCGCUUAAGCGAAAAAUAAGCGAUUCUGCCGUUGACUACCCUCGACGCAGAGCUACAAUUGCUUGCGAGGUCUGUCGCUCCAGAAAAUCGCGGUGUGAUGGGAAUAAGCCAAAAUGCAAACUAUGCGCCGAAUUAGGUGCUGAGUGCGUUUAUAGGGAGCCAGGGGUCAAGUUAGAUGCUGGUGAUAAAUUGAUUCUAGAGCAUCUGAAUCGGAUCGAAAACUUAUUGCAGAUCAACUUCGCCGCGAAUCAAUCCAAUGGCUUGCAUGCAUCACAAGAUUCUCCGUCGUUGAGCAACGGUACCGCCCUCAGCGGCGAUCAUGCGCUUAUUUCUGGCUCGUCGAAUAUCAUCUCGAUUAUUCCCAAUGGAGGCUUGGGUACAUGGGGCAGUGUCCCUGUCGGCACAAACAUCUCUACAAUGCCCAAAUGUCACACGAAUGCAACUAUGCACCUACUGCAAUGGCCACUGAUCCGUGACCUUGUCUCCAGACCUUACGACCCGCAAAUUCUCCUACAACUAGAGAUGGCUCGAGAGCCUCUACACACAUUAACAAAGACACCCUGCGUCGACCUCUCGAAUACACAGGCAUAUAUCCAAGCCUACUUUGACAGAGUCAAUGUAUGGUAUGCUUGCGUCAAUCCAUACACAUGGCGAAGUCAAUAUCGAACGGCGUUGUCGAACGGGUUUCGAGAGGGCCCCGAGAGCUGCAUUGUGCUCCUGGUUCUAGCACUGGGUGAAGCAAGCUUACGAGGAAGCAUAUCGCGCAUUGUGCCGCACGAGGAACCCCCAGGUUUGCAGUACUUUACUGCCGCCUGGUCGCUGCUCCCAGGUAUGAUCACAACCAACAAUGUUCUUGCGGCACAGUGCCAUUUGCUUGCCGCUGCAUAUCUCUUUUACCUCGUUCGGCCUCUUGAGGCGUGGAACUUGCUCUGCACAACGAGCACCAAACUGCAGCUCCUCCUGAUGGCUCCCAACAGGAUUCCACAGCAGCAGAGAGAAUUGGUAGAGAGGAUAUACUGGAAUGCGCUUUUAUUUGAGAGUGAUCUGCUCGCAGAGUUGGAUCUGCCGCAUUCUGGUGUAGUGCAAUUUGAGGAAAACGUUGGACUACCAGGCGGCUUCGAAGGUGAAGAUCAAGAUCAAGAGCAGGUUGGCCGUGAUGAACUGUGGUACUUCCUGGCUGAAAUUGCACUCCGAAGACUUCUCAACAGAGUGAGCCAGCUCAUCUACUCGAAGGACUCCAUGGCGUCAACGACAAGUCUGGAGCCAGUUGUCGCUGAGCUCGACUACCAGCUAAACCAGUGGUAUGAGAGCUUACCACUCCCAUUACAGUUUCCCUUCUCGCGGACAAUGUUGCACGACCCAAUACAGGCGGUUUUGCGGUUGCGCUUCUAUGCUUGUAAGACUAUAAUAUACCGGCCGUAUAUCUUGGCCGUACUGGACAACGAGCAGGCAGUCCUAGACCCAGCCGUUAGGGAGUGUUGCCACAAGUGCCUGGAGGCAUCGGUGCGGCAGUUGGAACAUAUUAUGGAACAUCAUGCGGGGCACAUGCCAUAUAUCUGGCAAGGCGCGUUGUCCAUGAUGUCUCAAACACUUCUAUUAAUGGGAGCGUCAAUGUCGCCUUCUUUGCUCGGCAUACUCCUUACCAUUGUGCCUCACCAGCAGGCGUUGGAUGAGCUCAUCAGCGAGGUUGUUAUGGAGGUGCAACACUACUCAUCUCUGGCACCAAGUUUAAGCCUGGCGGCCGAGAUCAUCAAGGAAGCCGAGUCCCCGGGUAUGUUUUCUUGCUUCCCUUCGGAACUGGACGUCCGUAACGGCUGGGGGAUGUUCGCAGAGAACAAGGAAGAGUUGGAAGAAAACGGUGAGACGGCCCGAAGUGCCGCUGGCGGCCGAACCAGCCCCUUUUCAGUACAGGGCACGAUAGACGUCUUCUAUGAAGAACUCGAAUUGAUUAUUUGA